GUUGAUUGAGGCAGGACGCCUCCGGUGUUCAAGGUUUGUCCAAGCAUAAUGGAGUCAUCCCCGUCCGACGCUGCUGUGGCUUUCCAACGCGUGCUGAAUAACCAGGACACCCUUUCCGACGUGCUCAACUUCCUGACCGCGAAGGAGCUCGCGCCCACGCGCCGUGUCUGCUGCGCCAUGCUGCAGGUGGCCGACAGUCAGGUGCCGCAUCGGCUGGCGCAGAUACGGGCCAAACUGUCCGUGAAGACGUUGCCUGAGGCGAGCAUGGCGCUACACGCGCUACAUCUGGCCGAGGAGUACGCGAGGGGGAGCGAACUCCGCAACGCCAUCUCCAUGUACCUCGACCACAUUCGCGUUGAGGCAGCGAUGCGGGGCAAGCUCGACGAGUACCAGCCUCGCUGCGAUGCUAUCGAAGGUCAGUUUGAGCCGACAACGACGCGGGAGGAGUUUGAGCGCCUGCAGGCGGAGGCGAUUGCGGUGGAGCGCGAGAUCCACACGGACAUGGUCCACGGCCUCGCCAUUCUGACCCUCGGCCCCGGCCCCGGCACAAACGGCAAUGAGGACUUGCACGCUCAGCCCCCAGGCGAGGGGGGCGGGGGAUGCGUGAUUGCGUGAGGCGCGUGCGACGUGGACUGCGCCGGGGAUUGCCUAGUGACGCACCAAUAUGGGUGCUAGUAUGAGUCCGACUGCAGUUGUAGCGCGCUCUUGCGCAGGGGCGGUUAGUCAACCGCUAUACGUAAGGUACUGUGCUGUGUGAGGUGC